AUGAGGGGUGUGAUGUGCAUGGGAUUCGGUGGCGUCGUUGGAAGCCUGGCGUUGGUCCUCACAGUUCCGUCCAAUCUUGAGGAGUCGGAGAUCGAUGGAGAUGAGCUGGCGGAUGUGUCACACGGGUGGAUGACAGAUAGGUCGUCUCGGCGAAAAAAUCGUUUUGACGACGACGACGACGACGGAAUGGGUGGCACGGCAUUGGGGGUUUUGGGAUGGAUUUAUUUCCGCCAUUUCGGUCAUGUCCCAUUUUUGACCGAAUGGUCGGAGAAGACCGAAUGGUCGGAGAAGACCGAAUGGUCGGAGAAGACCGAAUGGUCGGAGAAGACCGAAUUGUCGGAGAAGACCGAUUUGUCGGAGAAGACCGAAUUGUCGUCAGGCUACAGCCUAUGUGAUGCAACGGCCUUUGGCGCUUCCGAAGGUGUAAGGUAUGAGCAUGCUUUAUCUUGCGAUUGUGAAAUCCAGUCCAAGUCCGACUGGAUCAUGAAGUGCAAACCGGAUCCCCGACCCCGCGCCUUGCCUAGCGUAGGAGAUAAGAACUCAUUUAUCUCUGGGCAUGAACUUGCCACGUUGAGUCUGCCACCAGAGUUUAGUAACACAACUUAUCACAAGAGCAAGAUGAAAGCAACGGUGCAGAGCCCGAAAAUUGAUGAUUGGAAGAUGCUGAAUUGGUAUAAUUGUGGCGGUUCCGGUGGCAAGAUAUGUUGCAAUGACGGUGAGAAGUUAUCUGGUCAUUUCUUUGGUGUUCCAUUUAAAUUUGAUUUUCCUAUUGUUUGGGAAGCGAUCGUCCGAUACCUCAAGCCUACCCAGUGCGCGUUCCAGUGCCAUGGUAGAGAAGAAUUGUACCAACUUAAAAUGAUCCGUCGUGGAAUAGCCGCUGGAAAGUGGGCUGGUAUUGACGUGCAUGGUGCUGGAGAAGACAAGCUGCAUGAACUAGGGAGGAUAGCUUCCGAGUUAACUGUUAUGGUGUUCGAUGACUUACCUGGCACCUGCUUUGAGGCAGACUUGAGAUACUUUAUCGAUGUCAACGGGAAGCGACUUGACUUUGAGGUAACGGAAUAUCUGAUUUCUGCAGGUGCAUUAGACCAGUACUAUGAAGCUGUAUUUCUAGCAAGAGGUAUCAAACGGACACAAUAUGGUGCUGUAUGCUCGGAUAUCAAGAAUGUAAAGGAUGGAAAACAGAAACUUCAACAAUUUUGGAGGGAUAUCCGCAUGCUGGAUUAG